GCAAUAAAAAAUUUGCAGCUCAUCCUUUGCAAAUUUGAUCAAUUUACUAACUUCAGUGCUGUAAUAAUGUAUUCACAGUGGAUGUGCUAGUUCUGGGGUUUGCAAAACUUGUAGCAGAUGCAAUAUCAAUGGGUCUUUGGGGACUUCUUGUCAAGCAAGGCCGAGCAAGACGUGUUUUUCGAAAAAAGGCAAGCGACAAAGUGGGAUGUCAUGAGCCAGAGAAGUGAAGAGCAAAAGGAGUUAAUCAGACCCCAUGAAGCUCUUGGGAUGGAAAGUAGCGAUGCAACCAUGGAUCUACGCAAUGAAAUUGUCCACAGUUACAAGAGAAGUAUAUCCUUAAGUACUAUGAAAUGGUUCAUCAUUGUAACAUUGGUUGGCUGCUUAUUUGAACAAAAUAGUUGGGGAUCAACUUACCGAACUUGAUCUCUUGUCGGAAGGUUGUGAACUUGUUUGCAAAAUAUAAGAACAUCUCGGUGGACCAGAGAAUGGAAACUAACAAAGAAAUGCUACCAGCAGAUGGAGAAGUUCAGCAAUGGAAGAAUGGCCUCGACCUUUGUUUCAUUCAUGGCGUUCGGCGCUGCUUCUCUGCUCUCUGUCGUCGUUUUCAUACCAUUCACAGACAAUGAUUCUGUGAAGUUCAUGGGAUCUUGCAUUGUCACUGCACCAGUUCUUGAUCUUUUGGGGUUAGCAAAGGCAAGGAAUGCAAGAACUAUGUCUCCUCUGUUGCUAUCACUCUCUUCAAUGGAUCCAUAGCCGCAGCUGCUUCUUACUCUCUCGGAUGGUCCCUUCAGCAUGUGACAAGCAUAGAUGGGAUGUAUGCUAAUUUUUGACAACGUAUGUGUAUGUUGAAACAGGGAUGUGUGCUAAUUUUUCAAACUAUGUUUCAGCACAAAUAGGGAAAGAAAUGAAUGUCACGUUUAAAUUUUAUUAAAUUUUGGCUGUUUCUAACUUUUCUACUGUUAC